AUGGGUUGUGGAUAAUCAUUAAAUCAAGUUAAAAAUGAUGGUUAGAUGACUGAGGCUGAGAAAAACCGCCUCGAAAACUUCACUUCUAAGUCUAACAUUCGUAGCCUUUAUUAAUUUUCUGGUGUCCUUGGUAAAGGUGGAUUCGGAACUGUUAAACUUGCAUAACUAAAAAGUGGAAUUUCUGAAAAGAAAGUUGCAGUUAAAAUCAUUGAAAAAAGUAGACUUAAAGAUAAGCAAUAUGCAUUACUCAGGGAAUUAGAAAUUUUAAAAACACUGGAUCACCCUAACAUCAUUAAAUUCUAUGAGGUCUAUUAGGAUGAAAUGUUUUUCUACAUUUGUAUGGAAUACUGCGCAGGUGGAGAAUUAUUAGAAAGAAUUACUUCAUAGAAAUGCUUCAAGGAAAGAGAGGCUUCCCGUAUUAUGGAAAAAGUAUUUUCAGCUAUAAACCACAUGCACUCCAAAGGUAUUGUCCAUCGUGACCUCAAGCCUGAAAAUAUUCUAUUUUUAAAUAAGUAUAAUGAUUCUGAAAUCAAACUCGUUGACUUUGGUCUUUCAAAAAAGUGUGAUAGCACCAAUUAGUAAUUGAACACUAUGGUAGGUACUCCUCUUUAUGUUUCUCCAAAUGUUUUGAAGGGUAAAUAUGAUAAAACAUGCGAUGACUGGAGUGCAGGUGUUAUUCUGUAUAUCCUUUUGGUUGGCUAUCCUCCUUUUUACGGCAAAUCACGUUCAGAGAUCUUCAAAAAAAUUGAAAAAGGAGUUUUCUCUAUGGAAGGACCUGAAUGGGAUUUGGUAUCUGAAGAUGCAAAGGAUUUGGUUAAAAAAAUGCUCGUUGUUGAUAGUAAAAAGAGAAUGACUGUUGAUCAAGCACUGAAGCAUCCUUGGAUUUUGAAAUAUUAAAAGAAAGCAAGCUUUACCCCUUCAAUAACUAAAUCAGGAUCAACAACAGCUUAAGAUCUCGAUCAUGUUGAUCCUAAAAUUAUAAAUAUGCUUAAGAAUUUCCGUUCACCAUGCAAACUUAGAACUGAAAUCAUGAAAGUUUUGGUAAAUCAGCUUAAUGAAAAGGAAAUAGAAGAUCUAAAGACAGCUUUCAGGUAAAUUGACAAGGAUUAAACAGGAAUGAUCAAAGUUCAUGAAUUAAGAGACGUGAUGGAAAAAGCAGGCCACAAAUCAUCAAAAGAAUAAAUUGAGAAAAUAAUUAGAAAUAUUUCACCUUCCUAAGAAACUAAAGAUGUAUCUAUCAAAUACAGUGAAUUUAUUGCUGCUACUUUGGAUUAAAUUAUUUAUGUUAAGGCAGAAAAAAUUUGGUCCCUCUUUAAAUAUUUUGAUCCUUCCAACACAAAUUAUAUUACUAUUGAUGACUUAAAAGAAAUCUUUUUAAGAAAUGGAAGAAAUAUCCCAGACAAUGAAAUAAAAUCAAUGUUAAAAGAAGUAAGCCCUAAGACAUCUGGUAGAAUAACUUUAGAAGAAUUUAAAAAGAUCAUGGUUGGUGAGGAAUUAGAUAUUAAAAGCUGA